AUGCCACCCCAAACACCAUCCGAGUCAGAGAUCCUCACAUCGUACCUCCUCCACCCUUCACCCCUCCCGACAAUUUUACCCUAUAAAUCAUUCCUCGCACUUCUGCCGCCCAGUGCGUCCUCGGCACGGCUACACCCGACCGAGCUCAAGCGUCUGUACCGAGAGCUGCAGUUCCAGAGGGACAUAGUCAUUGACGACGUAAGGCGGCGGAUCGACGACGAGUGUCGACGCAGCGUGGAGCUCACGGCGAGGCUGGGGAGGCAGAUCAUGAGGGAAGAGGGGUUAAAGAGGGGCAGGAAGAGGAAAAGGACGGGUGUUGACGACAAUGAGAACGCCGAUGAGGCAGCGGACAGUGAUGUGGAUGACGAGGAAGAGGAGACGCACUUCGACACGGCCCUCCACAACGGACAGCCCCUCGGCAACACCCUGCCCACACCGACCACAAAGCACAACCACUCGACAAAAACGCUCCUCGCCGCAAUGGCCACCGCAGGCGACGACCUCGUAGCCGAGAUUGCAGAUCUGGAGUUCCAAAUCGAUGUGCUGCGCCAGCAGAGUCAGGACACGGUCGGGAACCUGAGUGACCUGCGAUACGGACGGUUUGCCACGGCCGGGGGGAGGAUGAGUGGGGAUAGGGGGGGCAGCAAUACCGCUGCCGACACCAAAGACGAGCUGCUGAACGAGACCGUGGACGAUAUUGCGGGUGCGAUCAGGGAGUUGAGAGACACGUUGGUGAACGCAUUGUCUUGA